AUGGCUGCUCAUAUUAAGCCAUUGAUUCUACACGCCCAUGCCACGGGGCCCAAUCCUAUCAAGAUUGCCAUUGCUCUCGAAGCACUCAACAUACCGUUCACCGUCAAAAACUGGGACUUUGGCGAUGAUCCUCAAAAGGGUGUCAAGGGUGAAACUUUCCUCAAGAUCAAUGAAAAUGGUCGAGUACCUGCUCUUGAAGAUCCCAACACGGGUGUUGUCUCGUGGGAAUCGGGUGCAUGCAUGAAUUACGUUCGUCGAGUAUACGACAACGGAAACAAGAUCGGUCCCUCUGGACCUUCGGCUCAGGACUUGGUUGACUUUGAGAAGUGGGAGUACUUCCUGCUCACAACACUGGGUCCGAUGAUGGGACAGGUGAAUUGGUUUAGGCACUAUCAUCACCAAGAGAACAAAGAUGCUCUCGAGCGAUAUGUUGCUCAAGCUUAUCGAUGUUACGAUGUCCUUGAGAAACAGUUGCAAAAGUCCGAGGGAAUGAGUAUUCUUCCUGGUCGAAUCACCGCUGUCGAUUAUCACUAUGAGCCAUGGGUACGACAGCAUGAAUUUGCUGGGCUGUCACUUGAAAAGUACCCCAUGAUCCACAAAUGGCUCACCUUGAUGCACACCCGCGAGGAAGUGCAGGAAGCUUACAUCAAGAUUCGGAAUGCGUCCAAGGGCUAG